AAAAGUAUCGAUACUAGUAAAGAAAAACAUUGCGCAGCAAAAUAUUUAUUCUAUAAAUAUUCGGCUAGUGGGGCUUUUGUGCCAAAUAAUUCGACUGCCUGAUAUAUUGUCCAUGCAGCAGAAAACCACUUUAAAGUCCAUGGGUAGCAAAACGUGUGGCCGUUAUCAACAAUACGCUCGCCCAUUUAUUAUAGUGUCUAACGCUUUUGAUUUUUACACGGAUAUAUAUAUAAAGCUGGAUCGAACGAGUUACUAAAAAACCAAAUUGUAAUUACAGAUAUUUCCCCCUACUGGACAACUCAAUGUCGGAUAGCGGCUUGGGUAUGGCCGACCCGGACACCUCAUCCGAUUAUCAAAGCCGUGCGCUCGAUGAAUUCCGCGUGAACUGGCAGCGCGAGCUACAAGAUCAAAACGAAUCAUCGCGUAUGCCGGCCGAGGCGGGAGAGCAGCCGGCAGAAGCUAAGGCUCAGAGUUUAUAUCGCACUGCUGUUGAGCUGGAGCAGCGGGGCAAAGUGUAUGACGCUCUGGCCUACUACCGCAAAGCCACCCAAAUUGUACCUGAUAUUGAGUUUAAGUUUUAUGAGCAGCAAAAUUUGAAUAACGAUGUCAACAAAUCGUACCACAAUCUGCUCAGCAAUUUUAGCAAGAAUCUCGAUCUGCACGAGACGGAGGCUAAAGAGGAUGUCGUACCAAUUGAUGGUUUGUACGAGAAGUUCCAGCGCGAUCUUUGCUGCGAGGAAAUCUACGGUGGCAAAAUCUUGAUUAACAGUCGCGAUACGAAUGUUCUGACUUCGGGAAGCAACCUACAUAUAUCCGAUCUACCAGCCGAGAUUCUACUACAUAUACUGCGCUGGGUGGUGUCUUCGCAGCUGGAUAUGCGCUCCCUGGAACAGUUUUCGGCCGUAUGCAAAGGCUUCUAUGUGUAUGGACGUGACGAGGAGCUGUGGCGUUUGGCUUGCGUGAAAGUGUGGGGUAGCAAUGUGGGCAGUUUGAAUGCCAAGGAUGGAGGAGCAUGCUACGAGACCUGGCGCGACAUGUUUUUACGGCGUGAACGUGUGCUCUUCAAUGGCUGCUACAUAAGCAAAACAACCUACUUGCGCAUGGGUGAAAAUAGUUUUCAGGAUCAGUUUUAUAGACCACUACAGCUAGUUGAAUAUUAUCGUUAUAUACGCUUUCUGCCCGAUGGCAAGGUGCUCAUGAUGACCAAUGCCGAUGAGCCUGCACAGGGUGUUAAUAAACUGAAACAAAUAUAUCAUACACGUCCUGAUGUACUGCGCGGUCGUUAUCGACUUUUUGGAAGCACUGUCACCCUGGUGCUGCAGAAAACACAGCAAGCGAGGGCCACAACACAGCGACAUCGACGUGGUAGCCUUUUGCCCGGAGACGAGGAGGGGAACAAUACGCAAUAUGUGAUAGAGCUGCGUAUCAUGAACUCACCCAAGCGACGAUUUGCCCAGUUGGUGUGGUCCAAUUACACCUUGGUGCAGCAGCGUAAUAAAGUGGAGACGAGCUCUGCGUUCGAAUUAACUGCUGCCAAGUAUCCGCCGCUGUGGUUCUCCGCCGUUAAGAGCUAUCAUCUGGAUGCAGAUGCGCCGCUGACUUAAAUUUUUCUUUGACUUUCGACCACGUUAAUAAAACAAAUUGCAUAGCGUUUCUCUAAUUAAAA